AUGGAGCAGGAUCAUCAUGCAUCCAUGGAUGAUGCCCGUCUACGGCCCUGCAUCUGCCAUGGUAUGGCUGUUGGCGACAUUGGCACUAUGUCAGUGGCUGGCUGUUUUGCUUCUGCAGCGACGACACUUUCAAGCACUCUUUUCACUCGACCCCGCAUAUAUGCAAUUGGAAUUCAUCUGCACAACCAAGAACACCAUCGGGGUCUCCGAAGAGCUCUCCCGUUCCUCCUUGGCGUUGGUCAGAGCUUCGCCUGCAUACGAGAGUCGCGACCUGCCUCAUCGGGCGAUAGCUGGGCAGACGAGCUGAAUGAAGCCCGCCGAAGGCCCCAGAAACGUAGGGUCGGUCUACUCUGCCGUCGUCUUCCUCUCCUUCAUGGCCUGCCUCAUCACCCUCUCCAGCUUGGGGAUCGUCUCCUCCCGCCGCUGGUAGAUCUGGUAGUGUAUCACCAGCCUGCCCCCGCCCAGCUUGAGCCCUUCCUCCUUCCCCAGCUGCACGAACCUCUCCUCGUCCACGCCCGACCCCUUGAGGUCCAGCCAGCACAUGUUGGUCUGCACGGGGUACGCCACCCUGCCGCCCAGCUCCCCGACCCACAGCCUCUCGAUCUCCCUCGCCAGCUCGUGCGCGCGCCGCAGCAGCCCGCCCUCCCCGCCGGGGCCCUUCCCAAACGUCUCGUCGACGGCGACCCUCGCCGCCGCCGUCAGCGGGCCCGGCUGCCGCAGCCCGCCGCCGAUGCUCUUGCGCACCCACCGCGCGUGCCUGACCACGUCCCGCGGCCCGACGACGACGCUGCCCGCCGGCGCGCCGAGCCCCUUGCUGAAGCACAGCGACAGCGUGUCGAAGCACGCCCCGAACUCGGCCAGGCUGCCGGCGCCCGCGGCCACGGCCUCCCAGAGGCGCGCGCCGUCGCAGUGCGUGCGCACGCCGUGCGCGCGCGCCCAGGCCGAGAUGCGGCGCGCCUCGGCGAGGGGCAUGACCGUCCCCGCGAGCGUGUUCUCGAGGCUGACCACGCGCGUCGGGCACGUGUGCACGUUGUCGUCGAGGUGCGCCGCCGCCUGCACGUCCUCGAGCGUGAGGUAGACGCCGUUGGACGGGACGACGGUCGUGAGCAUGGCGCCGCAGAGGGAGGCGACGCUGUUGGGGACCGUUUGGUCAGCGGCUCAAGAGAUGCAAAAAGGAGGUAA